AUGAAAACUGAUAAUAUGAUGUUUGGAAGAGUUUGGAUUGUGUGGGUGGGGAUCAUGGUUUUGUGGUGGGGUUGCAGAAGAACAAUGGGGGAAGAGUAUAUGGUGUACAAGGAUGCGAAACAGCCAAUUGGGGUCAGGGUGAAAGAUCUACUUAGUAGGAUGACAUUGGAAGAAAAAAUUGGACAGAUGGCCCAGAUUGAUAGGGUUGCUGCCACUGCAGAUAUCAUGAAGAAACACUACCUUGGGAGCAUAAUAAGCGGUGGUGGAAGUGCACCUCUUCCACAUGCUACCGCUGCAGACUGGGUUAAAAUGGUGAAUGACUUCCAGAAGGGGUCGUUAUCUACACGUCUAGCAAUUCCGAUGAUUUAUGGGAUUGAUGCUGUUCAUGGAAACAAUAAUAUCUAUAAUGCCACCAUAUUCCCACAUAAUAUUGGGCUUGGAGCUACCAGUAAAAGAAUUGGUGUGGGUUUGUGGACGUAG